UGUUAGUACUCUUAGACAAAAGAGAAAUCCUUCCUUUUGCUGAGAGCUUCCAUUCUGUGCUUUUGCUUUACAGAGGAAAACAACAUUUUACAUAUCAUGGUAAAAGUAGUUAAAGGCCACCGCCCAGAGCUACCUGUUGUUUCCAAAUCCAGACCUCAUUCAUGUAAUAACUUGAUCAAACUGAUGCAAAAAUGUUGGCAAGAUGAUCCUGGUGAACGGCCAACAUUUCAAGAAAUUACUUCGGUAACAGAAACACUUUGUGAAAAACCAGAAGAUGAAACAAAGGAAAUGGUAGCUGAGGACCUGGACACCAAGAGUUCCCCAAAGCAGCGAUCUGAGGGGAUGUCUGCAUUAUCCCAGCCGAAACAGGAGCCUGUUGUGGCAUCAGUUAAGGAUUACAGUCUAUCAGAAUUGUUGUCCCAGCUGGAUUCGGGGAUUUCACAGACUAUGGAAGGCCCUGAGGAUCUCAGCCGCAGCUCUUCCGAAUCCAAACUUGCUGCCAGCGACAAGCGGCUUUCAGGAGUUUCAUCUGUAGAUUCAGCUUUUUCAUCCAGAGGCUCCCUUUCCCUUUCCUUUGAAAGAGAGAGUUCAGAUAUAGGUACUACAGACAUACAGAAAAGGAAGCUAACAGAGGCUAUUUUAGCUGGAGACACGAGCAAGCUGAUGAAGAUCCUCCAGCCUCAAGAUGUUGAUAUUGUUUUAGAUGGGAACUGCAGUCUUUUGCACUUAGCUGUUGAAGCUGGUCAAGAAGAAUGUGUCAAAUGGCUCCUCCUUUACAAUGCUAACCCAAACCUCACCAACAAGAAAGGAUCCACCCCUCUUCACAUAGCCAUCGAGAAGAAAAUUAAAAGCAUUGUGGAGCUGCUCAUGGCAAGGAAAAUCAACGUUAAUGCCAAAGAUGAGGAUCAGUGGACUGCUCUUCACUUUGCUGCCCAAAACGGGGAUGACUUCAGCACCAAAAUGCUGCUUGAUAAGAAUGCAUCCUUGAAUGAGGUCGAUUUUGAAGGCAGAGCCCCCAUCCACAUAGCCUGUCAGUACGGCCAAGAGAAUAUUGUACGGAUUCUGCUGAGAAGAGGCGUUAAUGUGAACAUCAAAGGAAAGGAUGACUGGGUGCCUCUGCACUACGCUGCCUGGCAAGGUCAUCUUCCCAUCGUGAAGCUUCUGGCCAAACAGCCAGGUGCAAAUGUAAAUGUACAGACCAUGGAUGGAAGGACCUCGCUACACUUGGCUGCUCAGCGAGGUCACUACCGUGUCGCUCGCCUUCUCAUAGACCUGGAGUCAGAUGUCAACGUACCGAAUGCGCUCUCGCAGACUGCUCUCCACAUAGCUGCUGAAACUGGCCACACGAGCACAUCCAGGCUGCUCCUUAAACACGGUGCAGACAUUGAGGCAGCAACAGCGGAAGGAUGUACUGCUCUGCACUUGGCAUCUCGCAGCGGCCAUUUAGCGACAACAAAAUUGCUGAUGGAUGAAGGGGCCGAUGUUUUUGCCAGGGGCCCAUUAAAUAGGACAGCGUUGCAUCUUGCUGCAGAAAAUGGGCACUCUGAAGUAGUAGAAGAACUUGUCAGUUCAGGAAACAUCAAUGUUUCUGACGAUGAGGGGUUGACAGCUCUUCAUCUGGCUGCAAGAGGAGGGCACACAAAAACAGUUGAGGUUCUUCUAAAGCAUGGGGCACUCACUGAUCUGCAAAGACCCACAUUUCAGACCCUCCUCCGGCUUACUCAGCAGAGCAACAGUAGCUCAGUUACUGUGUUAUUAAGUGAAACUUAAUCAAAAAGUGCAGUAUUUGCUAUCUUUCUGCCUGGCGUGGAGAAGGUUGCUGGAACUUGAUUCACGAGAGCCUUGUCCAGCUGUGCAGUGACCUGCUCACCAGCAGAGUCAGCAGAUGGACUGAGGGGCGGCCAGCAAGGAGCUACUCAUGUUUGAGUGUGUGAGAGAGGGAGCACAUGGACUAAAGCCAAAUGCAAGAUUAAGAGCUGGAGCCCACCACACUGUGGUCUGGAUCGUCCACUCUGCAUGUGCCUACCCCACCUGUAUAGUGAUAUUCCCCUUCCACAGAUGUUGUGAGAGUAGGAUGCAACUUGUGGGUUCCCCUUGCUUUUUUUUUUUUUUGACAAACUAAUUUAAGAACUAAUAUUCUGAUUUUCCUCAGAGAAAGGAUGGAUUAGGUUCCUGGUUUAUUGCAGUGAUCUAUAUUUUGGGCUCAAAGCCUCCGAAGUAAAAUAAACCCAACACAAAUCUGCUGGAAAUUAAUGCAAGAGAUGAAGAAAGAGCUAUUCAAGAUACUGUCAAUCAUAAAACCUGGCUAAGUUUCAUUUUCAGAAGGUAUUCUGUUUAUACACUGAUUACAGUUUUCCAUGUAAUCAAGAUGACUAAGACAGACUGUCAUUAACAAGGAUCCCAAAAUUACAUAAGCAGAAGUAAAAGCUUAAAACUGAUCUCUUCAUAUGCAGUACCAUCUUCUAUGCAUUUUAAGAUCAGUAAGCUGAACUGUGUUUGGCCAAACAAACAAAAUUCAUACUGGACUGUAACUGGAUGGUAUAUUCUAACACCAUUAAGUCUAUUUGCAAAAUGAUGUUUGUAGGGACAUGUUAGAGAACCAUACCAGCCAUGCCACAGUACAUGUCCUGGGAGAAUGAACUGUGUGUUGCCUAGAUUGAUAUACUGUGUAUAUAGUAUUUCUACCUGUUGUAUGCUUUUUUUCUACUGAAGAAAAUAGAUUGUUUAGAGUGGGUAUGUUUUAAUACACCUUUUAAUUUCACUCUUGUCAAAAUUCAAAUGUGGCACAUUAUUAAUAAAAUAUUGUGUUCC